UAUAUACACGUUUGAACAAACAACAAUUGAACAUGACAACUGAGGCGAUUGGAAUCAUCAAUCAAUGUUCAGAAAGGCGUUCUGCUGAUUACAAACCAAACAUUUGGAAUUACGACUUCCUACAAUCUCUCAAAUCCGAAUUUCAUGAAGAAGAAUAUAGACUACAAGUCCAGAAGGCCAGAGACGAAGUUAAGAGUUUAUUUGUUGAAACCUUGGAACCUGUGGCGAAGUUAGAGCUAAUAGAUGACGUUGAAAAGUUAGGGUUGAUAGCCUAUUUCCAGAAGGAAAUAAAUGGAAUUAUAGAUAGCUUUCAAUCGUUUAAGGAUGAGAAUGGCUAUGUCAACAUAGAAUCGGAUCUUUAUGGCACUUCUCUUUGCUUUAGGAUACUGAGGUUGCAUGGGUUCAACAUUUCCCAAGGUAUGUUCAAAGGGUUUGUAGAAAAUGUGGAGAAAAACAUGAAAGUGAAUGUAAAAGCAAUGGUUAGCCUUUUUGAGGCUUCACAUCUAGCUUUAGAAGGUGAAGACAUAUUAGGAAAGGCUCGAGCUUUAGCAUCAUUGUAUUUGAAGAACGUUUAUCAACAGUUAGAUGUUGAGCAUGGAAAAGAGAUAUAUGAUGCAUUGAGAUUUCCUUUGAACAUGAGAGUGGAAUGGUUCAAUAUCAGAAGUCACAUUCAAGGUUAUGCGAAAGUGAGUCCUUCAAAUUCCAAUUUGCUCAAGCUAGCGAAACUCAACUUCAACAUGGUUCAAGCCGUUCACCAAAGUGAGCUCAAAGAUAUGUUAAGUUGGUGGAAGAAAGUAGGAGUUAUGAAAAAUCUAAGCUUUACAAGAAAUCGGGUAGUUGAAAGUUACUUAUGGUCGGUGGGAGUUGCCUUUGAACCACAAUAUGGAUAUCUCAGAAAAUGUUUAACGAAAGUCAUCAAUUUGGUGCUUAUUAUUGACGACGUUUAUGAUGUUUUUGGUACUUUGGAUGAACUGGAAACCUUCACGCAUAUUAUCGAAAGGUGGGCCACUGAAGGGACUGAACGUCUUCCAGAGCCUAUGAAGUUUUGCUUAAACAUUUUAUAUGAUACUGUUGAUGAAAUUUCCAACGAACUUCUGAGUGAAAAAGGAUAUAUGGUGAAAACAUAUUUACAAAAUGCGUGGAAAGAUUUCUGCAAGGGAUUACUAGCAGAAGCCAGAUGGUAUCAUAAUGGUUACACUCCAGGUCUACAUGAGUAUUUAGACAAUGGUUGGGUGACAUCAUGUGGCCCUUUGCUAUCGAUUCAUACCGUUUUUUGGGAUUUAUAUGAACGACAAGAAGAGGCUAUCAAUUUUUUGAAAAUUAAUCGUGAUCUUGUCUACAACACCUCUAUGAUCAUUCGACUAUGCAACGAUCAAGGGACAUCAAAGGCGGAGCUAUCCAGAGGUGAUGCCCCGACAUCAAUCAUGUGUCAUAUGACCGAAGCAAAUGUUACAGAAGAGGUUGCGAAGAAGUUCAUUAAAAGAAUGAUUACCGAUGUAUGGACCCAAAUCAACAACGUAUCUACGUCUUUAUCCCCAUCUAUUAAACAUAUUACUAAUAUGGCUCGAGUUGCACAUUUUAUAUACCAUAAUGGAGAUGGAUUUGGCAUCCAAGAUCGUGAGACUAGAGAUCAAGUUCUAGUUCUUUUAGUUCAUCCUCUUGCAGUUGAUUAGUUGGUCAAAUUCUAUUUAUUUUGGUUAAGGAUAGGUAAUGUGGUCUAAAAGUUAAAUAUAAGAAAACUAAAAAGAAGGAACUUUAAUCCUUAUUUACAAUUGAAAAGUGUUAUGAGCAUUGAAUCAUUGAGGGCCUUUCUUAAAUGGUCAUGUUUGAUUGG